CUGACAUUCUGACGUUCACUUGGGUUCGCUUUGGUUUCUUCGCGCACUGUUUGAUGAGUGUUGGCUAAUAGUUGCUUUUGGAAUAUAGCUAGUAGCGAUAACGAAGAGAGCUGUGACGAAGAAGAUGAAAGAAGACGCGGAGAGGGAAAGAGUGGCGAUGGAGAACGCCGCGGCAGCGAAGGCGGUGGUGAAGACCGGAGAGAGGGCCGCGAGGGGGGCCGCCAGGGAGCCCGCAAAGACCCCAGCGGAACAGAAGGCGGCGGCGGAUAGGAAAGCCGCGAAGAAGACCGUGGCGGAUAAGAAAGCCGUGGCGGGGAAAGCGGCGAUGGCAAAGGCAGCGGAGCAGGUUCUCGAACCCGGCGACGAAAUCGAACAGCAGAGGAAGGAGAAAGUGAAGCAGAAGGAGAUCGAACGGCAGACGAAGAUGAAGGAGAAGCAGAAAGAGAAAGAAAUCGAACAGAUCACGGAUAUCGUGGAUGCGGAUGAUGAUGGAGGGCUUCGUUGGCGGGUGUUCACACUAAUCGGGUCGCAGGAAAAUAUGCAUGUCGAGUGGGCGCGGCCAGAUCCGACUGGGCCGUAUCGUAUAACCCGGGUAAUUCAGGCAGCGUAGAAGAGGGCGGAAGGGGGGUCCUGGAAUAUACGAUUGCAAUGAUGCCUUUCUUUGAUUCUGUUCCGUUCUUACCGCAUUUCUCCGAUAUCAAGUCCAUGCAGGUUUGGAGUUCUGAGAGAUAGGGGUGACAGUUUCGCGGC